AACGCCCCCAAACAAUGCUUUAAGAACCAGCGAGUUUUGACAGUUUCAUUCACUUAUCAACGCGCUGGGAAGAUGACACGCUUUACAGGUGAGGAAGCUCUACAGAUGCUCCUGGACAGCGAGGAAGAGUUCACUGUUUCUUCAGACGAAGAGCAGGACUCCGACGAUGAACAUUUGUAUUUUGAAGAGCGACUUGAUCCAGCUGAGGAUAUAAUUUCUGAAGAGAAUGCUGCAUCAUUGUCCUCUUCAGCGGGCAUCUGCAGAAAUGCGACGGACAUUCAUACAGGUAAUGUGGCUUCGCCGUCAUUUACUCGCACGGGGGCAUCCAGAAACGAACCCGAAAUUCAUAAAGUGAAUGUUGCUGCAUCACUUUCACCUUCGUUUGAUACUCGCAUUGGGAGGGCACACAGAAGCGCAAUUGAGAACAAGAAAGGGAAUGUGUCUGCAACACUAACUUCGUCUGGUACUCGCACAAGGGCACGCAGCUGCGCAACUGGGAACAAUAAAGAGAAUAUGGCUGCAACACUUUCGCUUUCAUUUCCUCGCACGAGAUCACACAGCAACGCGACCGAUAUUCAUCCAAUGAAUGUUGCUGCAUCACUUUCACUUUUACCCGGUACUCAUAAACGCCAUAGGUCUGCUUCAGUUCUCAAAGCAACUGAGACUAAUGUAUCUAACACUGACAGUGAUAAGGCCCCUGUUGCAAAGAGAGUCAAGACCAACAUCCAGGCAAGCAGCAGCAGGUCCGUUCUGUCAUGGAAAACAGAGACUGAUAUUGAUGUGGUUCCACACACUUUGCGUUUCUUUCCUGCACGGGAACCUGGACCACAGCUGAGUCCUGCAGACGCACACACACCCCUGAGUCUCUUCAAAAUGUUUUUUCCUGAGGAUGCAGUUUCAACUCUUUGCCAUAACACCAACGCUCAGGCUGCCAGGGCACGACAACAUUUAACUCCAUUCUCAAAGAUUUACAGAUGGUUUACAAAUUUAUAUCUUAUUUUUUAUAUUGUUAUAUUGUAUUUUUAUAUAAGUAUUUUUAGAAGCACACCAAACUGUACAUUCACAGCUGACAUUUAGAAUAAUUUUCUUUUAAUUAGAGCCAUAUUGUACUGGUCAUAUAAAAUAUUGUUAUAUGUAUACAUAUUGUUACUUUAUUGUUUAUAAUUACAAUGAAGCUUCUUUUAUUUAUAAUUACAAUAAAGCUUCUUAACUCUAUUGUAUUGUUCAUGUUUUUAGCAUUUUUUGCAACCCUAUAAGACUCUUAUAUUACUAAUUUCAGAUAAAAAUAAAGUCUUAAGU